GUUCCUGUAAUUUGUUCACAAGUUAAAGAUAAGCAAUGACAUACAUUUAACGCAAACGCUCCCUAUAAAUGCCAAUUGAGUUAAAGUCAAGUAGCUGCAGGAUACUUGAAGAAAUGGACCUUGUAAUCCUCGUUGUGUGGUUGUUUCUUUGCUUCGAUUCAGCAACUGGGACACACUGCCUAAGCUGUACAUCUAUGCCUAGUAGUUUCCCAUGUGUAACAUCUACAACAUGUUCAACUGGGCAAGAAUGCUAUGCUAAGUACUUGUUGAAACCGAACGGAACGAUUAAUUACGAGUUCGGUUGUCAGGACAGUAAGACUUGCCCCGGUCAUUCAGGUACCCAUGCGUUAAUUGGCAAGCGUGCGACUGGCGAUGUCGAAAUAUGUUACAAAUGUUGCCAAGGAAAUAUGUGUAAUCAAGGACCAAUUUGUACAGGUUCUUCAACAUCUGUCCGGCCAAUGGUGGUUCCGACAACUGUGACUGUUAGUGUGACCACUUUGUCAACACCAGAUCAAACAACCCUAACGACCUCAGGUGGCGAUAUCUGUCUAUCUUGUACAGAUUCCCCUUUCACACGAGAAUGUCUCUAUACUGUGAACUGCGAAUCACAUGAGAGUUGUUAUGCUGACAAAUUCGAUAAUCCAAAUGGGGACAUCGUUUUCAAUAUGGGGUGUCGGGAUAGACAACUAUGUGGCUCUUUCGGCAAACGUGAGGUUGUGAACCGAUCCAACGGUAACACGUUGCUAUGCGCCCAGUGUUGUCAAGGAAACCUUUGUAACGCUGCCCUCUGUGGACAAACUGGACUGCCCUCUGUUGGACCCGUGUGUUUCAAGUGUGAUCAGGCCAGCACGCCGAGCUCGUGUAACACGAUAGCGCUCUGUGGACGGGAUGAUGUAUGUCAACUUGAGAAAACCCUUAGUUCGCUAACUCACGCUACGCUAUACAAAUCAGGAUGUUUGCACAAAACACAUUGUGAUAGACAUGCUCAAAGUCUAACCUUAAUUGGAAGGAAGAGAUAUGACAACACAGUUAUUACAGGAAACGACUUGCAGAUACAGUGUUGUGACUCUAACGUGUGUAAUCAUGGAAAAGUCAGCAGCGCUUCCAGUACCGCAGUGACGCCAACACAUAGCUCAACCUUAUCAAAUCAAUACGCAUGCGACAGAGGCCCAUGUGUUCAUGGCAAAUGUUUCGAAAGAGGCAUCCACUACGUGUGUCAGUGUGAGAAUGGAUGGACCGGGAAGAAUUGUGAUAAUUCUACUUCCACUACUAGUGCCCAUACUAGUACUACUUCUACUACAACUACUUCUACAACUUCAACUACUACUACUACUGCUACUACUACCAAAUUGACUGUACCUGGAGAUUGCUUGGAGUUAAGGGCCAUAACACGUGUCAGUGGCGUGUACAGCGUUCGACCGGCAGGCAUGGUUCAGACCAUUGAAGUGUACUGUGAUAUGGCAACGGACGGUGGGGGAUGGACGGUGUUUCAACGUCGUGUGAAUGGAUCUGUUGAUUUCUACCAAAACUUCUUCUCAUAUGAGAAUGGCUUCGGCGACGUUCACGGAGAACACUGGCUUGGUUUGAAGUACAUACAUACCAUGACCUCCAAAGCACAGACCGAGCUUCGGGUCGAAUUGAUGGCGGCAGACGGAUCCACUGUGUAUGAAGUGUUUCCUAACUUCCGACUGUUGACAGCACCAGACUAUAUGCUGCAUGUAGACGAGGGAAAUGGAACUGCUGGGGAUGGUCGUUAUGGUUUAUUCUAUCACAAUGGUAAUAGCUUCUCCACAUACGACCACGACGACGAUCACGACUGUGCCAUUAAAUGCCAUGGUGGAUGGUGGUAUCAUGAUUGUGCAUUUGUGAAUUUGAAUGGUCGAUAUGUAACGCCUGGAACAGUAGACACCUCCUGUGCAUACGCUGGGAUCAUUUAUCACAAUUUCAAACAACGUGCUUCAAUGACCGAGACAAAAAUGAUGUUUAGAAGAUUUUAGAAUCGAAUCUUAUGAAUAUUUGCAUACAUCUAUAAUUGCAGACUAAAUGAGCUGUAGAUUUUUACCCCUGUUAUGAUGCAGCUUUUAAACGUAAUCAAAUAAUAUCUGUUUUCGUUUUUAGCUGUCGAAAUCUUGAUUGUAUUAAUAUUGUCAGACUUUUUCACUUGUUUUAUUUGAAAAUACACACGCUAAAUUUAAUUAUUCACAUUUUCACUUAUGACUGAAACCCAGCUUAAAGUGCAUGUGCACUGUAAGGGCUUGUGCAUAUCGAAUUAUAUAUGCGUCUCGAUUGACGAUCUUACACACAGUUUUUAGUUAACAUGUAAUAGUUGUAAGUGAACUGUAUUGAGAAAAAGACUACACUGCGUACAUUUAAAUAUUUAAACUCUCAAUAAAUAGUCACUUCAUUGUUUUGCAUUUUUUAUGAAUGUGAUAACAAUUUUAUAUGCAUUUAGAAAAUAUAACAAGAACAAGUACAAUCAUUAUAUCAAUUUGCUUCUUAUACUUACUAACGGAUGAAAAAGAAACACCAUGGAGACAAACAUGAAAUCAACUCGCUUGUUUGUGUACUAAAAGAUUUUAAAUAAAUUUAUUGUGUGACUAUGUUGAACGUUCUGUACACAAAGUGUAUUAAUUUUGAUUCAUUAUAUCUUUAAUUGAGAAUAAACUUGUGUCUGUAA